AUGGCUAGGCCUGCCCAGCCUCGUGCACUUCUAUUUGAUGUCGGCGGAGUUUGUGUUGUUUCGCCAUUUCAGGCAAUCCUAGACUAUGAGAAAUCCAAUGGCAUACCUCCUGGAUGGAUCAACUUCAGCAUCUCACGAACAGCCCCAAAUGGCACCUGGCACAAGCUAGAGCGCGGCGAAAUACUACUAGAUGCAGAUUUCUUCAAAGGCUUCAAGCGAGAUCUUCAACAGCCUCACUUAUGGAACGAAUAUCAACAACGACUGAGACAGAAAGAUGGCAAUUCUUCUUCCACCGACGCACCUCUCCCCAACAUCGAUGCAGAGGCUCUAUUCUGGGAGAUGAUGCGAGUCUCUCGAGAACCAGAUCCAUUCAUGUUCCCAGCUCUGGGAAAAUUGAAGGCUUCUGGGAAGUUUCUGAUGGGCGCAUUAUCCAAUACAGUCAUUUUCCCACCCGGUCAUCCAUUUAGUGAAGAUAAAAUCGGGCUACGGAAACAGUUUGACUUUUUUAUUUCUUCAGCGCAUACCGGUCUCCGCAAGCCACACCCUGAUAUAUAUGCACAUGCAUUGAAAACGAUAAAUAAAAUCGCGGCACAAAAGGGUCAGCCGCCCAUAAGUGCAUCUGAGAUUGUAUUUUUGGAUGAUAUUGGGGAGAAUCUGAAGGCGGCUAAGAAGGCUGGGUUUGGAACUAUUAGGGUUGUCCUUGGGAAGUCGCAGAAUGCAGUCAAGGAGUUGGAGGAUAUCACUGGUCUUCAGCUGUUGGAUGGAGGCGACAGGCCGAAGCUAUGA